CCUCUCCUGUACUCGGGGCCGAUGGCGGGCGGCGGGAACGCGCUGCGGGCGCGGCUGGGCCUGGGCCCGGGGCUGGCGAGCGGGAGGUCGGUGCUCAGGCCCAGCCGGCCCCUGGUGCUGGCCGACAGGGUGGCGAACCGCAGGAGGCGGCUGGGCGAGGCAACAUGCAUAACAGAGAUGACUGUGAUGAUGUCCUGCUGGAAACAGAACAGUUUCAAUGAGGCAGCUUGUAGUGAAGAGAUCCGGGCGUUCUAUACCUGCGCAGACAAAGCAGAGGCUGAAAGGAAAGCAAAAGCAAGUGCGGAUGGUGUGACACAGACUGGGUUUUUGACGCCUAAACAAGCCACAAAGUUGCUGCAGAGAUAUCCAAACAAAACACAUGUCACCUAGUAUUCUGCGGGGAUUUAAAAGGCUGCUGCACUCUUGUCUUUGACAUUUGGGAAUGUCACGAACACCCCGACUAUGUCUUCAUGCCGCAGGUGAUGAACGAGGUCUGGGGAUGUCCUCAGCUGGAUCUCCUCACUGUCUAAUGUACAAACAUUCAAUGAUUGCCACUGGUUGAAUGGAAGAUGAAUGUAUUGCGUUUUGUGAACAAGUUAAACGAUCUCAAAUCUGUUGACUCUGU